ACGUGGAACAGCGCCUCCCAUUCAUUGGGAGGUGCGGCGGGGCGGGCGGGCCCGCGCAGAACAUCUAAAGCGGCCGCGGCGAGCGGGGGGUCGCGGCUGCGCUGCCUCGCCGCUUGCCCGAGCCCGCGGCUGGGCCCAAACAGGAAGAUGGAGUGUCAAAAAAUUACCAAUUUUGGGAGCCAGCUUCUUCGUCGGAAAAAUGUGGACUGCUCUCGAGAAGACAGUCGCCUCUCGCGAUGCCUUAACACGUUUGACUUGGUGGCUCUGGGUGUAGGCAGCACUUUGGGUGCAGGUGUCUAUGUACUGGCUGGAGCUGUGGCACGGGAAAACGCAGGACCUGCCAUCGUUAUCUCCUUCUUGAUUGCUGCCUUGGCUUCGGUGCUGGCCGGACUCUGCUACGGAGAAUUCGGUGCUCGAGUUCCUAAGACGGCAGCUUAUCUCUACAGCUACGUGACUGUGGGUGAGCUGUGGGCCUUCAUCACAGGCUGGAAUCUAAUCCUCUCCUAUGUUAUUGGAACCUCGAGUGUGGCCAGAGCCUGGAGCGCGACGUUUGAUGAAAUCAUAGGGCAGCACAUUGAAAAAUUUUGUAAAAAAUACAUGACAAUGGAUGCUCCUGGAGUGCUAGCAAAAUACCCAGACAUCUUUGCUGUGGUGAUAAUCAUCAUCCUAACAGGGCUUUUAGCUUUUGGUGUGAAAGAAUCUGCCCUGGUGAACAAAGUGUUCACCUGCAUCAAUGUCCUUGUCCUUGGAUUUGUCGUCAUCUCCGGCUUUGUGAAAGGAUCUGUUAAAAACUGGAACCUGACUGAAGAGGACAUUUACAACACCAGCCAUAGCAUUUUCAAAGACAAUCAAACACAGGAAGAAAAGCUCUACGGUGUUGGAGGGUUUAUGCCCUAUGGAUGGAAAGGAGUCCUCUCAGGGGCAGCCACGUGUUUUUAUGCUUUUGUGGGAUUUGACUGUAUUGCUACCACAGGUGAGGAGGUAAAAAACCCUCAGAAGGCCAUUCCUAUUGGCAUUGUGGCAUCUCUUCUCAUCUGCUUUGUGGCUUAUUUUGGUGUGUCAGCUGCCCUGACGCUCAUGAUGCCUUACUACCAGCUGGAUACCAAUAGCCCUUUACCCAAUGCCUUUAAAUACGUGGGUUGGGAUGGAGCCAAUUAUGCAGUAGCUGUCGGUUCCUUGUGUGCACUUUCUACAAGUCUCCUUGGCUCCAUGUUUCCGAUGCCUCGAAUAAUUUACGCUAUGGCAGAAGAUGGACUUCUCUUUAAAUUUUUGGCUAAAGUCAACGAGAAGAGAAAAACUCCCUUAAUUGCAACAGUGACCUCAGGAGCUACUGCAGCUGUUAUGGCCUUUCUCUUUGACUUGAAAGACCUUGUUGACCUCAUGUCCAUCGGGACCCUCCUGGCUUACUCCUUGGUAGCAGCCUGUGUGUUGGUACUGAGGUACCAGCCAGAGCAGCCUAAUUUGGCAUACCAGAUGGCAAGGUCGACAGAGGAGACAGAUAACAACGAGUCUGUGAGCACCAGUGAGUCACAGACUGGGUUUCUGCCAGAGGAAGAGGAGAAGUUUUCCCUCAAAGCUGUACUGUGUUCCACAGACUCAGAUCCUUCCAAAUUAUCAGGGUUGGUGGUGAGCGUCUCAACCUUCAUCUUAGGUUUCCUUAUUGUGGGUAUCUGUAUCCUGACUUCCUUUGAGCCAAACUUUCUGAUAAACAUGGUACAGAUUAUUGCCGCCAUCCUUGUUGUCAUGAUCAUCUUCAUUAUAUGGAAACAGCCUGAAAGCAAGACCAAACUCUCCUUUAAGGUACCUUUUUUGCCCUUUCUUCCUGUUGGGAGUAUUUUUGUGAAUGUUUACCUCAUGAUGCAGCUAGAUGCAGGCACGUGGAUUCGGUUUACAAUCUGGAUGCUCCUAGGCUUUAUCAUCUACUUUACCUAUGGAAUAUGGCACAGUGUGGAAGCCAGCUAUGCAGCCUCAGCAGAAGCGGAGAGAAACACAGACACUGGCUCAGACAGCUGUAAAUGACUGUUUGGCUUACGGGCGACUGAAAGAAUGGCUGCAGUGGAAGAAACUUUGUGGUGGGGAUCCUGAACCAGAUUACACCUGUAAUCAGUUAUGCAGAAAUAAGGAAGCAGAAUGCAGGCCUCCCCAACUUGGUUACUGCAGCUUGCAGUUUGUUUAGCAGCACAGUUAAAAGGGACCACAAGAUGAAAAGACACAACUCUGGCAUAUUCCCAGUAGCACUGGCAGCUCAUCUGGGUGCUUCCCUCUCUCCAGUUUUGUUUUUUUUCCCAGUGUGUAGGAAGAGAAGUGCUUCUGUGUGCAACUGCUGCUAUGAAACCAGGCCUCACAAAUGUCUUUCUUUCAGUAGCCCUGGAAUUACCUCCCGACAGAUAUUCUACUCAAUUUUACAUGGAGCAGGUUUUGCAGUACUAUUGUCAGGCAUAGACCAGGACCCAUCCUUCACUCUAUGUGAGCUGUACCCUCUGUGUAUGCACACACACAAAAAAAAGGUUCUCACCAAUUACUAGAUUUCCCCAGGUUAACAAUGCACCUGCAAGAUGGCAAUCUUUAAAAUAUCAGGUCUUACCUUUUUUGUUUUUAUUUAACUGGGUUUUUUAGCUACGUGCUCACAUUCUUUUAAGCAUGUCACUGCUGUGAAAUGUUGGGAAGGAUUGUGGUUGCUGAUUGUCAGGUGAGCGAUCGCUCAGCAGCACACAGGUAACACCAGCAGGUGUUUCUCCCGACUGUACACUCCACAGAGGAAUUGCCAGCUUUAGUCAGGAAACCACAUGGUGCAAGUACUGCAAAGGCUUGAAAACAACGGGUGUCUCCAAAGAGCAGUCCUGCCUCUUUGCUGCAGAAAUCACCAGUGGUGUGGCUGUAGUGGUGGGGGUGGCCAGCAGAACUGAGCUAGCGCUGACAGCAAGUGCAGCCCUUUGUUCCUCGCCCCACAUCAAUCUUCUGUGCUGGCUGCCUGGCAUUAGCAACUUUGGUUUGGCAUUGGUGGGUGGAGCACAUUCCUGCCCUGGGAGGGGAAGCACAGGAGACUCCUCAGAGGCAUGAAGUUCUGACAUGAGCGAUGCCUGGUGUCAGCCACCUGCCCAGGGGAGGCUGUGGGGGCGUGCAGGGACUUCUCAGUCCUGCCAAAGUGUGCAGCCCAGAAAACACCCUUAAGCUCUAGGGUCUGACUUGCUGAGGGGAGCUUUCCCUUUGGGGCUGGACAUCCUCUCCAGAGCCUGCCUGUAGUGAAAGGUGGGAAAUUUGGGGUUGAGACCAGGGUCUGUAUUUGAUUGGCAAUGCCUUGGUUUUGGCUGUAAGAUGAUUUUGUUUUAAUUCUCUCUAAUAGCUUUCCCUAGCCAAAUUAAUCCACUACCCUAAAAAGGCUUAUUAAAGCACCUUGAAGGUGAGCCAUGCCCAAGUAAUGCCACUGAUCUAAAUUUACACUUCAGCUUGUAUUGAAAAACAAAUCAUAGAAUUUUGGAACAGUUUGGGUUGGAAAGGGACCUUUGAAGAUCAUCUGGUCCAGCUUACCUGACAUCAGCAGGGACAUCUUUAACUAGAUCAGGUUGCUCAAAACCCUGUCCAACCUGCUCUCAAACACUUCUGGGUUGGAGCUUCCCAGAUAGAUACUGCAGAAAUCCCCUUUCCCGAUGUGAGCAGAUGCUUUCCUAGGUGUCCUUCAUACUACUGCCUCUGAACACUGGACAAUCUUUAAUUGGUAUGUCAGCAUGGCCCUUGCUGAUGAAGUGACAGGCUCUUGCAUCUGUCCUUGAGUUGGAGAACUGAACAGACCCCUGCAUGACUUGCCCAGGAUCUCACCAGGCAUCUGAUGCAGCAGAAAAGGGAAUGAGACCAUCCUGGAUUUCAUGGCUGGAUUGUGGAUAAUUUCUCAUGUUUCCAAGAGACUUUAUAGCCUUUUUGCCCAUUGAAAUGUUUGCAUCCUUUAAUUCUAGUACAUUGGGAGGCUUUUAUUGACAGGACUGCAAUUUGAGGAAGUGAAGGCAUUGUGUUUAUUGCCUCCUAGGUGCACUUCAGGGUGUGUUAUGAGUGCAGCUUCCCCCACAGAAUGAAGUUGGGAUCUGCUCCAGUCACUGGGUCUUGAACAUCUGCCAAGGCUUUGCUCCUUGUGCGUAUACAAAGUCUUACUCAAGCAGGGAGAGAUUAAUAUAGAAAUUAAAAGCCACUAAGUUGAAGUCUAUUUUGUUUAAACACAGGCAAGCUCAACACACUCCAGAGCCUCCCAAAAGCCACUGAAAGUGUGGUGGGUGGGCAACAAGAUGAAAACUCAGACAGAAUCAAAGUUUUGUAUUGUACUAAAAAUAUAAGGAUGUUUUUCCUACCUGGCUACCAGCUUCUGUUCAGUGAAAACAUGAAGCUUGUGUCCUUACCAAAGCUUCAUCUGUGCUGAGCAAGCCAAGGGCCUGGUGAAAAAUCUUUCAGGAGGAUGUUGUCAGGCACAUUGCCGAGGUGGGGUAUGACCUGGUCCCUUUUUAAUCUUGUGGCAAAGCCUGAGCAGCUCUGUGGCUCUCAGCAGGAGGGCAGGGGAUGGGGUGUUGAAACUAGUGAACUGAAACAUUGGGGAGUUCAGGUGUUUGCUGAUGAGCCUGAACCACUGGCAGAAAUGUUCCUCUUAUCAUGUUCUGCAGCAUGACCCUUUAAUGGAAACAUUGCAGACCACAAUCACUGUUCUGGCAGCCCCAGUCAUAUUGGAAGCAUCCUAGAAAAUGAGUCCGUGGAAACUCCUAGCAUGUGAGGCACUGUCAGGUAAGGCAGCUGACCAGCCCUGCUGCCAGGAAGCUAAUGGCUAGCUUCUGUCUUUACCUGAAUGGGGUAACCCUCUAAUGGGCUUUUGCUUUGUUUCCCAUUCAUCCCAGUUCCUGUGUGCACAGAAAACACGGCAGCACGUGCUGGUUUGUAUCCGUCAGCCCACAGGUGCACUGGCGCACGGAUUUAUUAUCAGGAAUAUAUUACACUUAUCUGUACAUCAUAAUUGAAAUAAUACAAACUCUUCCUGUAAUCAUUAGCCACAUAAUAAACGGGACCACAGAACUCCUGCUGCAUGGGAAACUGUACAGAGGCUCCUCAGAGUGUCCAUGGGACACAACCACCAUCAGUGCAGAGACAAAAUACCUGAUUUUGCACUUGAUCGUUUUUCCUUUCCUCCCCCCACCUGCCACCACCACAAGCCUUUGCUGCUAUGCAUCAAGUGAGUCAACCCGUCUGUGCCAGCAGUCACUGGAGGUGCAGUCCCAGUAGGGACCAAUGGUACCUUCCCACAAUAAAAGGAGUUUUCCAUGCCCCGCUCUCUGCUUGCUCUCCUGCCAUCCCAUGGCUGAUACCUGCUCCCAGUGCCCCUCUCUGGAACCCCUUGGGAGCAGCUGUAAGCUGGUUUUAUUGCUGCUACACCCUGCUGCAUUGAGUAAAGAUUAACGAAAUUAAACAGCUUCCUUAAAAACAGAGAUGAUGAAACUCUUUCUGCUUAACGCUGGCUACAUUCCCUCUGCUGCCAAAGGCCAUCCUAUUUCCAAAUGGGAAAGUUCCCACUGUGGCCAUGGCAUUUGGGAAGUUUCCAGCCCUGCAAAAGCAAUCACUUCCCCUCCCCAGCUUGGCCCUGGACCUCGGGAUCUUCAUUCCCUGGGAAUGGCUGCCCCAUUCAGAGGCUGCUCCCUUCUUCCCACUGUCCGAGUGACCUGAGCUUUUCUUUUGCACCUACUUCAGCAUGCAGAGGCAAAGAAAGACAUGACAGAGGAAAAGUAUAAAAAAGGAAUAACCUUUUUUGGGGAAAAAAGUCUGUUUCUGGGCUUGCACUAGAAGGAGCCACUCUUCACACCCCCCACAGGGACAGGUCGCUGGGUCCCUCUGGUUAGGCAGAACUUCCUGCAGUUUUGCUAUUGAUUGGGCAGGCCCCAGAGGGUGUGCCAAGGAAGAAUCCAGUGAGAGGCAGGAUUGGGAGGCAAAAAUGAGAUGGGAAAGUGAUUUGCAAUGAUAACAAAUUAUGAUGGAGCUGGGUUCAGUCCCAGUUUUCCCACCAUAAAAGCCCCACUCCCAAUUCACUGCUGGAAGCAUCUCUUGAAUAUGAUUUUAAACCAACAAAGUGAUAAGGAAAGCACCAGAUAUAAAGGGGAAAGAUUAAUAAAUUACAACAUGUUCAGCCAGCCUGUCCUGGGCCAAUAGUAUGCUUAGGUGCAUUUAACUCUGUGAGUAGCAUCAAGAUAACAACUAUAGUUGUUUCAUCUCAACCAUUUUUACAAAGUAUAAGAAGGAGAAUCCUAGGAACUACCAACAAGCCACUCUAAUCUGAAGGCCCCCUGCAAUGGUGUGACUGUGUUGGUGAGUGAGGGAUGAGCAACUGAUGUCAUUUACUUGGACUCUGCAGGGCCUUUGACAUGGUCCCACAGAGCAUCCUAAACUGGGGAGAUACAGCUUUGAUGGAUGGAAGCUGGAUAUGGAAUUGGCUGGAUGGUUGCAUCCGGAGCAGCUCAAUGUCCAAACGGCCAUCAGUGAGAAGUGGUGCCCCUCUGGGGUCCAUAUUGGGACCAAUAUUUAAGAUAUUACUGUGUAAUAGCUUAAAUGACUCAGACAGUGGGAUCAGGUGCAUCCACAGCAAGUCUGUGGAUUGACACCAAGGUGAGUGGUUCACUUGGUACACUGGAAGGAAGGAAUGCCAUCCAGGGGGAUCUGGACAGGCUUGAGAGGUGGGGCCAUGUGAACAUCACGAGGCUGAAUAAGACCAAGUGCAAGGUCCUGCACCUAGGAUGGGGCAACCCUUGGUAUGAAUACAGGCUCGAGUAUAAAGAGAUUGAAAACAGCCCUGCUGAGAAGGACUUGGGAAUACAGGUGGAUGAGGGGCUGGACAUGAACCAACAGUUGGUGCUCGAAGUCCAGAAAGUCACUUGUAUCCUGGGCUGCAUCCAAAGCAGCGUGGCCAGCAGGGCAAGGGGGGGAUUCUGCCUUUCGACUCUGCUCUUGUGAGACCCAGCCUGGAGUGCUGCAUCCAGCUCUAGGGAUAAGAAGGACAUGGACAUCUUGGAGUGAGUCUAAGAGGAGUGCCACAAAGAUCUUAGAGGGCUGGAGCACCUCUUCUAUGGAGACAGGCUGAGGCACUUGCAGUUGUUCAGCCUGGAGAAGAGAAGACUUAGGGAGAUCUUUUAGCAGCCUUCCAGAACAGAACCUCAAGGGGGCCUAUAAGAAAAAUGGAGAGAGACUUUUUACCAGGGCCUGUAGUGAUAGGACAAUGGACAACAGUUUUAAACUGGAAGAGGAUAGGUUUAGAUUGGACAUAAGGAAUAGAAUUUUUACAAUGAGAGUGGUAGGAAUAGGUUGCCCAGAGAAGUUAUGGAUACCCCAUUCCUAGAAGUGUUCUAGGCUAGGCUGGAUGAAGCUCUGAGCAACCUGGUCUAGUGGAAAGAGUCCCUGCCCAUGGCAGUGGGGGCUGGACUAGAUAGUCUUGAAGUUCCCUUCUAACACAAAUCACCCUCUGAGUCUGUGAUCUCACUGUCUCAGAAUUCUGUUGGUGGAAUGAAAGAUGACAAUGCUGUAGGUGUUGCAAAUAGCUGUGCAGUUAGCAAAUAUCAAAAUGAUUAAAGUCGUACUUGGCAAGAAGGGGCUUUGUGUGCAUGUGCGUGCUAGGUAUCUAUCUUUUGGGUUGCACUUGCUGGACACACUAAAAUCUAGCAAUGCAUUUUAACAGCAGCAGCUGGUGUGGCAUGAUCUAUUCUAAGAAGAUGCUCAGUUUACUCAGUAUCACAGUACCAUGCAAAACCUGCUACAAAAAUAAAUUUCUCUAAAAAGGAGGGAAAAAAA